AUGACAACCACCGAGUUGAUCUCGAACACGUCCCAGGACCCAGGCCAAUGGAUACGGUCGGCCGACCACGUUGUCUGGCCGGCGGUGACCGCCACCCAGACUGCCAGAUCAAGCAUCAGGUACAAGGAUCGCAGGAUGCGCCACGUGAAGCAGGGAUCCCAAGGAGGAAGCGACGUGCCGACCGACAAGAAGAAGCAACCCAUGGCGACCGACCAGCCGGGUCUAGGCCGCCCGCAACAGCAGCAGCAUCCAUCACCGCCAACACUGCAUACGCAGGACAUUGCGCCAGAAAAGGAAGCCCCUAUCGAGUUUCGCGGUUUCGACUACUUCGCCCAGCGAGACUUCAAUGAACUGAAGCAAGCGUCGAACGCGUAUUUCGCGCCAGCCGCAGGAAAUCAUGGCAAUCAUGGCAACCAUGGCAACCAUGGCAAUCCUACUGCGUGGCUCGGCGACGAGACGCCUCCUCCAAGUCCGACAAUACGAUCUGAACGGCCACUAGCCGUCGGAGGGGCGUUUGAGCCGCCGCCGAGCGACCGGAGGACUGGGUCAGACAAGAGGAUAUUGGGACUGCGGAGGCCUUGGUUCUGGACGCUACUCGCACUUAUAAUAGUCGUUCUCAUCGUGGCGAUUGGCGUGGGUGCUGGGGUUGGCGUGAGCAGCCAGAACAAUGGUGGUUCCAAGGACGUUGCAGCAUCCCACCCAUCAUCAUCAACGACACCCUUCGGCGCAUCGACAACAGGCGGGUCGUCCUCAGCCACAGAAUCCGGUUCCCCGACCGUGACAAUAACAACGACGGCAUCCACAGCAGAACCCACAGGCGGCGCGCAGAUCGACUGCCCAGCAGCAAACGGGACCGCAUACCAGGUGCCCGGCUCGGAGAAGUCAUUUAUGCGCAUCUGCGGCAUCGAUUACAGCUCAGACGAGGCGACGGAUAUACGAAAUGUACCGACGCAGAGCAUGCUGGACUGUAUGACGAACUGCGCAGGCACAUCCGACUGUACCGGCUGCGGGUGGGGGUACCUUGAGGGCGAUACGGGAUCCGAGCACUCAUGCUGGAUGAAGACGGGCUUGAAGAAGUCGCAUGCUGCGGAUAUGAGCUGGUCGUUUGCCGUCUUGUUGUCAUGA